CCUGUGUGUUCCAUAACCGGAAAAUGGACAUUCUUUAAUAUUUUCCAAACCGUGGUCCAUUUUGUAAAUUUAACCUGAAUUUUUAACAUAUACCGGUUCAAAUUUUAAAACUUGAGAAUCGGUACAUCUUAAACCGGUAGCCAAAACUCAAAAACAUAUAAUAAACCAAUUUCCUUCUACAGAUCUCUCAAAACUCAAAACCCAAAAUAUACCAAGCAAUUUCGAUUAUCUCAUUUGCUCCUGAACAUGAAGAUUCAAAAAAACUCACUCAAUUUCUGGGUUUUGGUCUGUUUAUAUGGUUCACUAUCUACUUACGAGAAGGUCAAAUUACAACAAAGCAGUCCAAACGAAGAAUGCUCACAAGGUGUUCGACACAAUUCCUCAAUGAGUCUUCGUUAUUGUAUUUUCUCCAAGCCCUUGUCACGUGGCUCUCACGUGAUAAAGUCGGCGUCUUCAAUACAUAAACCGUUGAUUUUCCCGCGUCUACUGUUUUCUCUCGCAAAAGCAAAAAACAAGAAAAGUGCAAGAAGCUUGAGAGUCGUUACUCUUCAUCAACAUGAAGCCUCCUUCUCUGGAAGAUCAUGGACUUGACGAAAGUUACUUUGCUCGAGGAGAUCACAUCAAGGCCAUGGAGGUUAUUGAAGAUUCGAUUUUGGAACAAGGGAAAGGCAAUGUCCUGGGUUUACUUGAUUUCCAGCAAGGUGCCAUCUUUAGGGCACAAGCGAGAAGAACAGACAACAGUGACGUCAAGUUCACGUUUUUGUUAGGUUCUCUUGAAUGCUUUUGGGAAAGUGAAGGGUUCUCAUCGUUUUCUGCUCUUUCACUGUUUGAAUUGGGUCAACAUCUUGGAUCGUCUCUGUAUUACAAGAAAUCUGUUAAGAAAGCAAAAGAGUACUUAUCUGUUUUGGCUAAGCUUAGUGAAUUGGGUCCGAAAGAGCUGAAGAGUCAAAAGGAUGUCGAAAGAAUACUCAGAGAUGCAGAGUCAAGAAUCAUUGGAGGUAAGACUUUGGUUGCUUCUCCUAUCGAAAGAAGCGAACCAAAAGCUACUGUGUCGAAGAAAAAUCCAGACCCAAAUUUGAGGUCAUUUUGGAGAGGUUUGGAUGAUGAGUUCAAAAGGAACUUUCUUAAAGUAAGCACUGCAAAGUUUAUAAGUUUCGUCGAGGCAAUGCAUGGCAAAGAGGGGCGAGAUGCUUUCGAUCAACUUCUCACUUUUGCAAGGGAAAACAGAAACUGGAGAGUCUGGAUUUGUCGAUCUUGUUCAAAGAAGUUCUCUAGUCCUGAGGAGUGUAAGAAUCAUCUUGGACAAGAACAUGCUGCAGAAUUUAAACCGUCUUCGACAAAGGAUAUGGCCCAGACGGUAAGUAAAGUAUGGGCUCGUAAGAUAUCGGUUGGAGGUUGGGAACCAGUGGAUGCAGCAGCUGCUGUUGAGAUGAUUAAGAAUCGGCUCCAAGAUGUGAAAGCGUUUGCAUAUGAGAACGGAUGGUCCAAAGACUGGCCUUUAGCUGCGGAUGAAGAGCGCAGUAAGUUACUCAAGGAAAUCCAAUUGCUCCUUGUGUCAUUUUGGGACCACAGAAUUCUUUCUUGUAGCAUCCGAGACUGGAUAAUGCAGUUUCCGGUUAAGCAUCUUGCACAAUUUGAAGUUUCCGAGCAUACCCUUACUACCGAGUGUCGCCUAGUGGAAACACCUCAGAGUAUAUGUUUUCUGGAAUGUUAUGAACUCAGUCAAAUCCUGGAAUUUCUAAGAGCCAUCAAAGGUGAAAGGGAUGAUGGCACAGAUCUGGUUUGCAAAGCAGUGGACAGUUUCUGGGAUGGUACUCGAGUUAAAGAAAAGAUCGACUUUGACUCUCAGUUUUCAUUUCUCCUUCUGGAUAAGAGACUGCUGAAAUGCAAGCUGCCUCGAUUCGAUAAUGAAGGGACAGUCAAUGUUUUUAAUCAUAAUGAUUACUAUGCCAAUGCACAGGUUCAUGGAGAUGAUAUCUUAUCUUGGUUAGCGGACUACUCUUCAAGAGAUGAGAGUUUUCGAUUUCCCAAACCUAUUAGGACACACAAUAUUGAUAUUUGGGUGGCUGUUCUGAGAUCUGUUCAGUUCACGUGUAGGACAUUGGGAACUAAAUAUGAAAAUAAAUUGCGGAUGAUAUGUUAUGAUGCAGCUCUUAUUGACGCCAAGAAGUUAUGUAUUCGCGAAGAUGAAAGGAGAAGGAAUAUUCCGGAAGAUCAGUGGACCUUAUAUGCAUCUCUUCUAUGCGAUAAAUGUGAAGAGCAUAUAAGGAUAGACGCUGGAAAUUCUCUUACUACAAAACUAUCCUUGUGUGCAGUACGAGAUGUUCUUGAAGCAGCAUCACAGCCGACAUUUGAUUUCGCUGAUUUAGUAGAUUGCCUGAAUCUUAUAAAUGGGCAUAAACAUAUCAGCGAUGAUAUAGUGUUAAAGUCCAUUGAUCUUCUCAAAUCUGUGGUCACCAAGAAGGUUUCGCUAGCCGAUUCAAAGAUUUUGUUGGUUGAAAAUUCGAGGAUUAAUUUGCUAAACGACCUUGUCAGGCUUUCUGUUUUUGACUACCGCUCUUAUAUCCUUCAACCGCUGAAACUUUACUUGCAGGAAGAGUUAGAUGCCAAAGCCAAGUUAGCUGCAGCACUACCAGAACAUUUAUCCGGUGGGAAAAAACAAGAGAAGGAGAAGAAGUCAGGGUCAAAGAAGAGAAAAAAUAAAAGCAACAAGAGAACUUCAGAGAGCAUGUCUAGUCAUCUUGAUCAGGAUGUCGAACAGGCAGAAGAAGAUUCUAUGGAACUAGAAGACACUAAAGCUGAAAAGAGUCUAUCUGAAAUUUCAUCCAACACUAAUAAUCAAGAGGAAACUACUAAAGAUAUGCAAAGCAUGCCUAAAGAAGAUUUGGAGUCAGUACAUGGCAAAGCUGCAACCAGAUACAAUUCAGCUCUUGACAUGAUGAUGAAGUCCCUAUGUAACAUUAAGGUUCUUAAAGAGGAUUUGGUGAACAAUCGGAAACCAUUUUCUGACAACCAAGUACCUUGUGCACUACGAGAUUUCUUUUCUGCUUUUGUCUCGGAGAAGAUAAAAGACGAGGAACUCUAUGGUCACCUACUGAGCAACUUACUUGCUUCCCUAGAAGAAGUUCAUUCCCUGUCAAGUGAUGCUGCUGAGGUACUUGUCGCGAUCCUCGAGUUUUGUCAUUGCUGGAAAAGUCCAGAAAGUGAAAGCUUGGUAACUCGCCUUUUUACGUUGGAGGGAUAUGAAAGAAUGUGUUGUAGAAAAUGCAGAAGGAAGCCAAAUUAUCCAGAGCAAAGUUCUUAUGGAAUUGUUAUGGCUGCAGAUUCAAUCAGAGACCUUAAGUGUGCUUUUGGGAAUAUAAAGUUUGAGGACAUCCUUAAAGUGAUCCGCAUGAACGAUAAAAUGAUAUGUGAUGUUAGAACAGGAGGCUGUGGAGAGAGUAACUUUGUUCACCACACUAUAAGUAGAUGCCCGCCUAUCUUCACAAUUGUGUUGGAAUGGGAGAAUAAUGAAACUGAAAAAGAAAUAUCUGAAACAACAAAUGCUUUGCACUGGGAGAUAGAUAUCAGCAGGCUAUACGAAGGCUUAGAACCAAACACUAACUACCGGCUUGUGUCAAUGAUUGGUUGUGUUGAAGAAGGAGAAUACAUUUGUAUGGCUUAUGAAAAGAACCGGUGGGUGAGUCUCAGACUUGAAGCUCCAGCAGAAGAGGUUGUUGGUAACUGGAAGAGUGUGGUCAGAAUCUGUGGAGAAAGGAAGGUUUGUCCAGAGAUUCUCUUUUAUGAAGCUGUUCAAUUGCCUAACAAGUGAUAGAAAAGUAGUCAAGUUUGGGAACUCAAGUUUGUUACUUUACUACAUCAACGUUUUGGGGUUUAACUUAAAUAUGUGCGCGAAUAUUUUUUCUUUUCUUUAUAGUAAAUUGAUGGGUUGAUCUCCUCCAGUCUCGAAUUAUCGUUUUUAAAAACUGACCGCUAAGAUCUUAUCGUACAAAAUAACAAGGCAAUGGACCAAGGUGUGAUCACCGUGUGCUCAUGCAUGUAACCUUGUGGUUAUAGUCUAUUUUUUUCCCACAUUUCUUCAUCAAAAAAAAAAAUUCUCAAUCCAAUUAUUUUUGAUCGGAUUCGAUAUCAGUCCGUGGGAAGGAAAAGGUUCCAGGAAUGGUUCAUUACCUACAAGGUUCUUUCUUCUAUGAACAAGUAACUAAAACAGAGAACAGUGACAUGAAAUUCCCAUUCUUGUUGGCUUCUGUAGAAUGCUUCUCGCAAGAUUUGGGGGUACACGCUUA